CCAACAGGUAACGAAGGGUUAGGGUUGUACUAGCUGGUUAGGGUUGUACUAGCUACCUUCGUUACGCACGGGCCAUGUUUGCUGGUGUUGCCUGGCUGACAGCUGUCAUGUCAUGUGUGCAAACCACACUGACAAGAGCUUGCGAGGCCCUUGCGCCGGUCACUUGCCCACUACCUCAUUUACCUACCUAUUAAACUACCUGCCCUCGCCAAAUGAUGCCAUAGAAGAAGGAAAGACAAGAUUAUCAAGGCACUCGACAGCCAACAUGAAGCCCAUCAUUGCCGUCCCCGCGACGCUGCUGCUCGUGUACCGGGCCUACUCGAGGAAGUCGCUGACCCCGGGCGGCAUCCUGGCCGCGACGCUGACAGCCAUCGCACAUGCUGUCCACCCGUGGAACCUGCCGUUUGUCCUGCUCGUCGUCUUCUUCCUCGCCGGGACGCGAGCGACCCAUGUCAAGGAGAAUGUCAAGGCCGGCCUCACGCUCAAGGCUGGCGGCACGUCCGGCGGCGAGGGGCCUCGCACCCACGUGCAGGUGCUGGCAAACUCGCUGACCGCGUCCAUCUUCUCGCUCCUGCACGCCUACCAGCUGCGGUCCCGCGAGCAGUCGCUGCUCGCCUCGGCCGCCGCCGGCAGCGCCGGCAGCGCCGGCAGCCUCUGCUUCUCCUGGGGCGGCGAUCUCCUGGUGGUCGGCAUCAUCGCCAACUACGCCUGCGUCGCCGCCGACACGCUCAGCUCCGAGCUGGGCAUCCUCGCCAAGGAGCAGCCGCGCCUGAUCACCAGCCUCACGCUGCGCAAGGUCCCGCGCGGCACCAACGGCGGCGUCACGCUGACCGGCCUCGCCGCCGGCCUGCUGGGCAGCAUCAUCAUCGUCACGGCCGCGGCGCUGUUCCUGCCCUUCUGCACCGACGAGACCGCCACCCGGCUGGGCGGCGGCGCGCCGUGGACCACCGAGCAGCGGCGGGCGCUGAUCCUGGGCCUGACGCUGUGGGGCUUGCUCGGCAGCCUGGUGGACAGCAUCCUGGGCGGGCUGUUCCAGCGCAGCGUCAGGGACGUCCGCAGCGGCAAGAUCGUCGAGGGCGAGGGCGGUGUGCGGGUGCUCGUGUCUACGGCCGCGGAGCGCGAAACCGACGUGGCGGCUGGUAUCAAGGCCGCCUUGCUGCAUGGGGAGGGCGAAUCCGCUGUCGAGGAGACGGAACCCGCCACGGGCGCGGGGACGGCGCAGGGCGAGCCCCGCGCAGACCGGUACGACGCCCUCAACAAGCACCGUAGGGCGAGCUUCGGGGACGAGAAGCCGUCGCGCGUUGUCGAGAGUGGGUGGGAUUUGUUGGACAACAACGAUGUCAACUUUCUGAUGGCCUUUGGUAUGAGCGUCGGCGCCAUGGCCGUGGCCUCGUGGUACUGGCAGGUCCCGCUGUCCUCGGUUCUACCGACGGCGGGGGGCAUGGGGGCAAUGGCGGGCCGACAAUAAGUCCAGCCUCUGUUACUGUUUCUUAGACUAUCUACCUAUGGUCUUGGUCUACUCCGUAUACCUGAACACGAUUGAUCGACAUGCUUGACGAGAAAAGUUGUGCUGUUUACCCUGCUCGGAGAUGUCAUAAUGACAGCAAUGGAAAGGCAAAGAAACAGAACAAGAAUGGCAAGGAUGCUCCUGAUGGAGACUUCAACACGUGGGGGUUCCUUUCACACAGUGCACAGUACACAGGCAGGAUCCGUCCUUAUCCCAGAACUCUUUG